AUGCAUUUCAGCUUCUUGUUAAAUGUCCUUAUUAUUGCUGCAGUACCUGUAGCAAGCCUAUUAAUUGGUAGUUCCGAUCAUAAUUUGGUAAAAUAUAACUAUCAAGUUCAUGCAUGUCAAAAUUUUCCAUGUGAUAAUAAAAUUGAAGUUCAAAAAUGCACUUGCUCGUGUGCUAUAUGCAUUAAAGUUCCCAAUGCUGAAGUUAAGUGUGCUGAUUGUAAAUGUGAAUGUCCUGGCGGAAAUGGUUUUGAUAAAUGUAGUGACUGUUAUACAUGCAAAAAUUGUAAUAAAAAUAUUUCUGAACUUGGAAAGAGUAUUUCCGCAAUAUGUACUUGCGAAAAAUGUGACUGUGACAGAGAUAGUGAUCAUUCAUGUUCUCAACCAACAUGUAAUUUUUGGCAGUGGCCUUGGGCGCAUGCCCUGGUGAUAAUUGUUUUUGCUAUGCAAAACUUAUCAGUGGUAAUCUUAAAUGCGACCUUGAGUGCAUGGAUAAGAAAAGAACUGAUUCAUGCAAAAAAGAUCGAGGCUGUAAAUGUAUUUAGGUCUGGUUAA